AUGAUCAAUCCAGUGUUUACUAACACAGCAGGUAUGGACAAGUCUAUACUUCGUAAAUAUUUAGCUCUGCCACAAAAUGAUGGGAAAACGAUGGUUACCUAUGUGUGGAUUGAUGGAACCGGAGAAAAUAUGCGAGCCAAAACACGUACAUUUGACAAGGAGCCCCAGUCAUCAAACGAUAUUUCCUGGUGGAAUUUUGAUGGUUCAUCAACAGGUCAAGGUGAAGGAGUGAAUUCAGAAGUGUAUUUAAAACCAGUGGCAAUGUUCAACGAUCCAUUUACACUUGCGCCAAAUAAGCUAGUUCUGUGUGAAACAUACAAUUUUGAUAAGAAACCGACUUUUACCAAUAAUCGAGUCGAUUGUCUUGCUGCCAUGGAAGCUGCUAAAGAUCAACGUCCAUUAUUUGGUCUUGAGCAGGAAUAUACAUUGAUGGAUCGAGAUGGAUGGCCAUUCGGAUGGCCCAAAGGAGGAUAUCCUCAACCACAAGGUCCGUACUAUUGUGGCAUUGGAGCAUGUUUGGCAUUGGGUCGUGACUUGGUUGAAGCACAUUACAAAGCAUGUAUCUAUGCCGGAGUAAAUAUUCGAGGUACGAAUGCUGAAGUUAUGCCAGCCCAAUGGGAAUAUCAAGUGGGUCCAUGUGAAGGCAUUGAUGCCAGCGAUCAGCUUUGGAUGUCACGAUACUUGCUGUUACGUAUGGCCGAAGAAUUCGGUAUUCAAGUGAGCUUCCAUCCAAAACCGAUUGCUGGUGAUUGGAAUGGAGCUGGAUGUCACACAAAUUUUUCGACAUUAGCCAUGCGUGAACCCAACGGUAUCGAGUAA